AUGGCGGAAGCAAAGCCUGCGUCCCAGAAGAUCUGGUUGGUCUCCAAUGACAACGCGACCAUGGAAGUUGACCGUGCCGUCGUCGAGCGAUCCAUGCUCUUGAAGAACAUGUUGGAGGAUUUGGGCGGUGCAGACGUCAGCCCCGAGAACCCCAUCCCCAUUCCCAACGUGAACGAGGCAGUGCUUCGAAAGGUUGUUGAGUGGUGCGAGCACCACCGCAAUGAUCCCGUCGCUGCUCCCGAUGAUGAGUCGGAUGCCCGCAAGAAGACCACUGACAUCGAGGAGUGGGACCAGAAGUUUAUGCAGGUUGACCAGGAAAUGCUUUUCGAGAUCAUCUUGGCUUCGAAUUUCCUUGACAUUAAGCCGCUUUUGGAUGUUGGCUGCAAGACCGUGGCGAACAUGAUCAAGGGCAAGUCCCCCGAAGAGAUCCGCAAGACUUUCAACAUCACGAACGAUUUCUCAGCCGAAGAGGAGGAACAGAUUCGUCGUGAGAACGAAUGGGCCGAGGACCGAUAA